ACCUGGAUCUGACAAAAAUAUGUCAAUCAAAUAUUUUCUAUUUUGAUUUUUAUCAGUUUAUUUAUAGAAUAUUAGAAUACUAUAGUUAUAACAUACAAAUUAUCGGCUAUUCGUGAUUAUAAAGAGCUAUAAAUAUUAUCAUGCGUAUAAUUACGAUAGUACGAAGAUGGAGUUCUACUACAUCAUAUAACAGUUUUGCCGAAGAACUACAAAAAAAUUUUAUUCCAACAAACACACUUCAACGCACUUUGUUAUCAUGUGGAGCCGCACUCGUUUCUCUUUUGAACCCUCAUCGUGGCGACAUGAUUGCUUGCCUUGGUGAGGUUACUGGAGAUACUGCUUUGAAACACAUGCGACAAAAAAUGCUCGAAACUUCAGAAGGUGAGAAUAUAUUAAAAGAAAAGCCUCGAAUUAAUUCUAAGACUGUCUCAUUUGAUAAAUUGUCCCAGAUGCCAGAGAAUACCAUAGGUCGUGUUUAUGCUGAUUUCAUGAGAGAUAAUAAUAUUACUGCGGAUUCGCGACUACCGGUGCAAUUCAUAUCCGACCCCGAGUUGGCCUUUGUUAUGCAGCGCUAUAGAGAGGUCCAUGAUCUGGUUCAUGCAACAUUAUUUAUGAAAACAACGAUGCUGGGAGAGGUAGCAGUAAAAUGGGUGGAGGGUAUCCAAACUAAACUACCAAUGUGUAUUAAUGGAGGAAUUUGGGGUGCUGGACGACUAAAGCCUAAGCAUAGACAACUUUAUCUAAAAUUUUAUUUACCAUGGGCAAUAAGGACUGGAAGUAAUGCAAAAUUUUUGCAAGGAAUAUAUUUUGAAAAAAGAUGGGAGCAGAACAUUGAAGAUUUCCACAAAGAGAUGAACAUUGUUAGAUUAAACUAUAAAUAGUUUAUUAAAAAAUAUAGUUAAAUUAUUUAGACUUGAUGCAAUUAGA